AUGGUGGUGCUGGGUGCAGUGACCGUCCUUGCCGUCGGACCCCGGUCCGAACCCUCGACCGGUCCUGUCCAGAAAACCGGUGGACCCAGCGCCGACGGUCCGAAGUCGGCGGUGGCCCACACCGUGCCGGUGGCCGGGAAAAAGGCUCCGCACGGUAAACGCGAGGUCGCCAGCUACGGAUUAUCACACUUCCCCCCGCAGCACCAGCACCACAGUCGGUACAGCUACGGAGGUCAUCCGCAGCUGGCCGAGCUUUAUUCUCCGGCGACGAGUCACGGUGGCUACAGCUACAGCAUCCCCCAGCACUCGCCAGCCUACCCGGCGGCCUACGGAUCCCACAAGCUGUUCCUCAGUCCCGCGACCUCCAGUCUCAAGUACACGCCAGCCGCCGCUUCUUCACACGCCUUCUUCUCACCGCACGGCCAUUACGCAUCGUUCAACGGGUUCAGCGACGCGCCGGUCAAGUACGGUAGCUUCGGCUCGAAGGACCUGUCCGAGCUCCUGAAACAGCUCCACAGCACGGUUGGCCCGCUCACGAUUAAGCCCGUGCCGAGCAGCGGCUACGGGCACGGGUACGGGGGGUCGUUCGGAGAGCACGAGCACGCGUUCGACACGAACGCCCUGCACCUGAAGCCGGUCACGUUCAAGCUCCAGGAGCUGCCAUCCUUCCACGGCGGUCCCGUGCCCCAGGCCCUGACGGCACCGGCCGGGCCCACUUCGAGCUCCUCGACGUACGGACACGUGACGCACUCCCUGGGCUACGAACACGCUCCCUCGUACACGCACGGUGUCAAGGGACUGCGCCACUAUUCCACCCCCAACGUGCCCGCCGGUGACCUGUACUCCGGCAACAAGUACGUCUCGUCCCUGGGUCUGGGGCAACCCUCCCAGCACGGAGCCAGCAUGGUGUCCCCGUUGCACACCUCGGUGCACUCGGCUCUGGCCACCCAGAAGCCUUUCAAACCCUCCACUUACCUCGGCUCGUCCCACGAAACCAUCUCGGCGCCAUCGAACGCGCACGUCCACACCCAUCCCGCGCUGCCCGCAGGCUCGUAUCUGGCGCCCUCGCUCCAGUACCUGCCGCCGGUCAACAAACAUCCGCUGCUCCCGCCGAAGCUGAGCUACGAUUCGCCGGCCAAACAUGGCUACCUUCCACCACCACCACCACCACCGUCAUCCAAUGCUUACCUGCCACCGCACGGCAAACCCACGAACACGUACCUACCGCCGGUCACUUCCGGUGGCCACUCGAACUACAUCCCACUCGCAGCGUCCGCAUCGGAAUCCCACGAAGAGACGGUCGUCCGCCAGCCGGUGCAAUACCAUCACCAACAGCAGCAGCACCAGGAUUCGAACGAAAGUCUGGACUAUAGUGGCGCGAGUGCGGCUCCGACGCCAACCGCAGACACACCGUCGGGCCACUGGAAACACUAG